UUAUAAAGCCGAGAGGUAAAUCAGUCCUGCAGAUGAAAGGAGCAAACCUGUUACAUUUGGGUUAAGCAGUAUUCAUUGAAAACGAAGAUGAUUAUGAUGACAUUAUUCCGCGCUUGUCUGAUUCUGCAUCUGAUUUUCGGCUACAGCACAUGCAUGUCAUGCACGCGGACAAAAAACAUACUGGGGAUACGGAAUGAGGAGAUCAAGAAGUCUCUGGAAAGAAUGGGCGGCAGAUUUCAGUCUGAGUGCAUCAACGAGAAUCCCGGACAGAUGUUGGAUGACACCGUGUACAAUUUUGAUGAAACACCGAAUGAGAGCACUCGAUUGUCCAUGGCUUACGAGGCUCUGAAGAGCGUGGAAAAUAUUUUUGAGAAGAACCUGUCUUCUACGACUUGGGACCGUGAUGAACUUCAUCUCUUUCAAAAUAUGAUACAUCAGACAGUUAAAAAAUUACAAAUUUGCGUUGGAGAACAAUUGUCCGGUUCUUCUGAAACGAAGUAUGCCAACCUGAAGAUAUAUUUCGAAAAGCUGAACGGUAUUCUGGAAGAUAAGGAACACAGCCGCUGCGCGUGGGAAAUUGUGCGGAUGGAGAUGCUACGUCAUCUAGAAUAUCUGAGCAAGUUCUUCGGCAGCAGUCAAUAUCGCCGAUAGGGGGAACUCUUCGUUCUACAACAGAUAAAUCAUGACCAAUGGACACUCCAGAGUGCAUGGAAUGUGACGCCAAAUAUACAGCAUACUGAAUUUUAAAUGAUGUGCCUAUUUAUCUAUCUAU